ACAAGCGGUAAGCACGCGCGCAAGUUCAGUGAUUGAUCAAACCUGCCAGAGAGGAACUUUUGCACGUAAAGCGACUUAUUUUAAGAGCGUGCAUAAUGUCUGUCAUGUUAAUUUUGUCUCCUGGAGCGGAGGAGAUGGAAGCUGUCAUACCCGUUGAUGUCUUGAGACGGGCUGAGGUCAAAGUAACCAUUGCGGGACUGUUUGGCAAUGAUCCAGUGGCCUGUAGCAGAAAUGUGACUAUUGUUCCAGACAUGACUUUAGAUGAAGCUCUUGCACAGGGUCCCUAUGAUGUCAUCCUCUUACCAGGCGGUGGACCAGGAGCAAAGAAUCUCUGUGAGUCCAAGAAGGUUGGUGAAUUGCUGAAGGCACAAGAGGAAGGCGGUCGGAUCAUUGCAGCUAUCUGUGCAGGACCAACAGCAUUAAUGACACACAACAUUGGUGUGAAGAAAACCAUUACAUCGCACCCUGGAGUCAAAGAAAAACUGGAAAACAGUGGUCUGUUCACCUACAGUGAGGACAGGGUUGUGCGAGACGGUAAACUGAUCACGAGCCGAGGUCCAGGAACGGCAUUUGAGUUUGCGCUGGCCAUCGUGGAACAGCUCAAGGGACAGGAAACGGUCAACAAGAUUAUACCACCAAUGCUCCUCAAAGUCUGAAAGUUGGGGGAAGCGGCUGCCGGGACUUACAUGAAGAAAUACGCAACUCACACAUCCAGAAAGCCCCAGCUAAGGCAAGUUUCUUGGGUGGUAAUAUGAAGCGAUUAAAUGAAAAUGAAAUAUUCAUCGCAUGAUCAAAUAGUUUUCGUUCAGCUACGGUAUGUAGACUUAAAUUAGUUUAUGUGGGGUUAAGUGUUUGACACAUAGCUGUCCAUAAAUGACCCACUAUUCAGACUGGCAAAAUUAGUCGCCUAGCGGAAUGAGAUCUAUGUAUCUAUAUUUAUAUAAUAAGUAAUGUUUUUUCUGAACUUUGUUUGAGUCUGAACAUCCCAUAAUGAAAUGUUGUAUAGCGAAAUUGAUAUGUGAGCAUUGUUUUUAAAAAUAAUUCAUAAAGAACAGUGAUCAGGUGCACGUCCUAUCGUACAAAUAUCGUUUAACUCAGUAGUACUUAUCAUGAGUUUGUACUGAUAUCUAUGAAAGCUGACACUUAACGUGUGCCAACACACUUCUUUUAGACUAGUUACUGUAUUAUGAUGUUUCUUCAUACAAUAAUGUUCAUCUGCGUAGCCCCCUUUUGCUGUACAAUGAUUCUUUAUCCAAUGUUUCGCUAUCAAGGCUUCAACUCCGUGCCUGUUGGUCAUGUUAAAAACCUAUUUUUCAAACACAUUUACGAAUACUUGCCAAGCUAUGUGUAGCAUGGUGGAAUACACUGGGAUUAAAGAUGAGUGUGAACAUGCUGAGUAGUGCAUGCUUGAACUUGAAAGUAGCCGGGUUAAAAGCAUUAUGAGUCCUAGGGGAUAGUUGAUUGAUAAAUAAAUGGCUUUGAGAUAGACUAUGUAGCUAUGUAGGUGAAGGGACAAGGGAAAAAGAGUAGAGAAAUAGGUCGGGUGGGGUUAAGAAUGAUAAAUAUACCUUGGACAACAGAUUUGUUUUUGAUAGAAUUUAGUUAGGUGUUUGUGAAAAUGGUGAAUGAUAACAGAGUCGUUGUAUUAGUAGUUAAUUGAUACUCUAGAGCCUGAGCUGUCACUGGUAUCUCGAGAAUAUUCCAACGAGUGAAUCCAGCAUACCCACGCUAAAAAGUAUAAGGACUUCCCCUUCAUUUCACCAAUCAGGAAUAGAAACAGGUAAAAAGUUUGUUAGAGUUUUGGAAUAGAAAGUUUGGACCAAUGAAAUAAGUUUUUGCCCUGUCCAUUAAGAAGUCGACAGUGGUGGGAGAUCAGGUGACCAAAAAGUAUUAUGGGA